AGCGUUUAUAUAGUUCCGGAAGCAUGUUUUAGAACCAGUCAACAUAAGCAGAAAACACCGGCUGGACGUGAAUUUUAUGUCGUGACAGCUUUUUUUUUUGCGGUAGCAAAAAAAAAAAGAACUGAGCAAAAGGAAACACAAAUACAUUCACUCGAGGUAACAAAUUUCCCACAAUAAAGCUUAAUGGCAGCUCUUAAAUAUGCAGGUUUGGAUGACACUGACAGUGAAGACGAGUUACCACCUGGAUGGGAAGAGAGAACUACAAAGGAUGGAUGGGUGUACUAUGCAAAUCAUGAAGAAAUGAAGACGCAAUGGGAGCACCCUAAGACGGGGAAGAAGAGACGCUGUGCUGGAGCUUUACCAUAUGGCUGGGAGCAGGAAACGGAUGAGAAAGGACAAAUUUUCUAUGUCGACCACAUCAACAAACGGACCACUUACUUCGACCCCCGCCAGGCCUUCACCGUGGAAGAUGUUCAGGUGAAGCCCAAGAGGUACGAUGGCAACACUGCAGCCUUGGAGAUCCUACAGGGUCGCGACCUCUCCGAUAAAGUGGUGGUCAUCACUGGAGCCAACUCAGGCAUUGGUUUUGAAACUGCAAAGUCCUUUGCUCUCCACGGAGCUCGUGUCAUCCUUGCAUGCCGGAACAAGACCCGAGCUGGGGAAGCCGUACGCCUCAUCCAGGAGGAGUGGCACAAAGCCCAGGUAGAAGCCAUGGCCUUGGACUUGGCCUCACUGCGCAGUGUCAAGGAGUUUGCCCAGGCCUUCAAAGCCAAGAACCUGCCACUACACGUUCUGGUGUGUAAUGCAGGGGUGUGCACUCAGCCCUGGAAGAUGACGGAGGAUGGACUGGAGUCCACCUUCCAGAUCUGCCACCUGGGCCACUUCUACCUGGUGCAAUGCCUGCAGGAUGUGCUGCGUCGGGCGGCUCCUGCCCGCGUGGUGGUUGUGUCCUCUGAGUCCCACAGGUUUACGGACCUGGUGGAUUCAUGUGGGAAGGUGGACCUCCUGCUCCUUUCCCCUCCUAAGAAGGAGUACUGGUCCAUGUUGGCGUACAACCGUGCCAAGCUCUGCAACAUCCUGUUCUCCAAUGAGCUCCAUCGACGACUUUCACCGUAUGGCAUCACUUGCAAUGCAGUUCAUCCCGGGAACAUGAUGUACACCUCCAUUCACCAGAGCUGGUGGCUGAUGACAUUGCUUUUCAACUUGGCACGCCCCUUCACCAAGUCCAUGCAACAGGGAGCGGCAACCACUGUAUACUGUGCUGUGGCUCCUGAGCUGGAGGGCCUGGGUGGGAUGUACUUCAACAACUGCUUCCGCUGCCUGCCUUCCCAGGAGGCUGAGAACGAAGCCACGGCAGCCAGCCUAUGGGAGCUCAGUGCCCAGCUGGUCCAGCAAAGGGUCGGUCCGCAGGCCAUUUAGCUCCAGCCCACCACAGACCAACUCCACCGGAGUCAAGAGGACGCAAAGAAGGGGAGAGACAGAGUACCUGGACUGUGCUGUAUGAGGAAGCUGCCAGGCCUGGAAUUCAUCCAGACGCAUCAAGUAAACGCUUCCACACACCUUGGUUACAGACAUGAUGGUGUUGAUUGGCAGGGUCAGUGCUCAGCUCUGAUGGGAAAUGCAGAGCACCUCUGGGUGAAGGGCAUCCUUUUCUCCUGUCCAUCUCCAUCUCUGGAGCUCGCAUUGUCUGUAGGCCUACUUCUGCAAGGCUGCUUUUUGCAUUCAGCUUUGCCGGUCAUUGUUAGGGUGUAGCUCUGAUGAAAAAUCACAUUUGUGAAACUCGUGACUCCAGUGGGUUGUUGCUGAUGGGGCGGGGCUAUUUGCUUUGGAAUUCUUACCCCUCCAAAUCAAAGUCUUAUUUUACACAAUUUUUAUGGUGAAAAUCUAAACUGCACAGUCUAGUUUAGCUGUUUACGUCAAUAUAUUCCAAUAUAGAUAUAGAAAACACACUGAAUUAUAUAUUCUCAUGGUAGUUUAAAGAAAAUUGACAACGCAGACCUGUUUACAAUAUAUACAGGUAUGAAAACCUUGAUCGAAAGGAAUACUGGAUAAUCCACUAUGAAAUGCCGCAGUCGCUUGUACAUGAGUCCAUUUCACUCUAUUCUAUGCCAUUCAUUUGGAGUUUAUGUGCUAAUGUACCUGGGUAUUAAGGAACACUGCUUAUAAGUUAUUUCAUUAUGCAAACUGUUAGCACUAAGUAAGGAGGUCUAACAUGUUUACCCUAGAUAAAAAGGUAAUGUGUACAAAAAAAAUGCAAUAAAAUGUGAUGAUAAACACAA